AAUGGUGUUGUGCAAUGAAAGAAAGAAAGUUGACUGACAUCAACCACUCGGCCCAGGAUCCUCCGCCAGUGGUGGGGCAGGAUCCCAACUUCGAAAAUGCCAUGGCUUUGUUCUCCCGCCUCAUGACCCAUUGUUCCUCAAACUGCUAGGGCCCUGCGGUCCCAUCCCCGAAGAAGUGUUGUCUUCGUUGAUCCACACACAGUCCACUCGGUCAGGGUGGCUCCCUGGUGUGCCACGGACCACGCACAUGGGAUGCGGAGCAUACGCUCAUCGUAUUUAGGCGCAACUAAUGGGGGCGGUAAGGUAUUUUAGGAUGCUAGACGCUUAGAUCUUGGACUUGAUCUAAAUGUCAAACGGACUCGCCCCCCAGAGUUGAGGCUGAGUCGCGAGGGGAGGUAGAUAAAUCGACCUUGUCCAUCCACCUCGAUACUCUAUGUGAAGCUGGGUACUAUGCGCCCGCCCAGAAGAACGACCGCAUGAAGGCGCCAGCUGUCAGUCUCUGGGGCUUUUGAAGCCACUCCAGCACAACACUCGGGUCAUCGUGCAUGAGGCCAUCGUCGACGCCAUUGGUGAAAAGGAGACGGUGCAUGGUCGUCGUGACUCGUAAAGAAAAAGGUUGUGCGUGCAGUAGACUCCGGCUCGGCAGCUGCAGAGAAUAAAAGUGCUCGCUUAGGUGCGAACACGCUAAGCCUCUUUUGAGCACAACAGCCCCUUUUCAGAUCGUUUCCGUGUUCGGUUAACAUGCCACACAGUUCGAAGUGUUAGAGGGCUGAUCUCUUUGCAUACAUUCAACCCACCAGAUGCUGAAACUAUUACUUGAUAUCAGCCUUCUUCUCAUCGUAUUCCACCGAGGCAUUGCUGUAAUGUUUUACUUGAUCCACAAGCAAAACGUCUAGAAGCUAGCUGCAUGAUCUUCUAUUUUUAAGCGAGGCCUACUUGAGCAGAUGCAGCUGCAGGGAGACAAUACUCCUUGCUAGGCGAUCAAAUAAUGGACGACCAAUGAACGAGCGCUCGUAUUAUUGGCCCACUCCAAGCUUUGGUUGCUGUUUCUAACGUCCAAUGCAGUUGUUUCAAGGAUAAGGUGUGCCAUUCAAGUACCCAUGCCAGCAGACAGACUUUCCUCCGGCACCGAGAAGACAGGGUAUGCUGACAAAGUGCUGUCAAAAAAAGUCUCAGGAUGGUUAAGGAUGGGACGAAAACUGACGGGAGGGACAUAUUCCCUGCGACUCAUCCCAGUCAAACACGCAUCUCCACCACGAAAUCAGCUUCUACGCCAUGCGCCAUGAUGAUAGAUCGAUCCGCCAACCCACUGUAUGGGUGGGCACGCGAAACUAUUGCAUUUCAGGCCUUCAUCUCGAAAUCUCUCUUGAUGAUAUAGACAGCUUCAGGCGUCCUUCCAUUCGUUCUACAACUUCCUUCUCAGGAGUCAACAGUCAUUCGUUAUGCUGUUCCACGUUCUUUCCGCUUCGGCGCUAUUAUUAUCUAAUACUGUUUUUGCUUUCAGCGUUCAGAGCACCGUUUUGGUCAUCGCCAAAGAUGCGACCACUUCCUACUCCGCAACCUCUGGUUUGACCGCCUACGGAAUCCCAUACCAACUCCUGACCGUGCCAUCGACUGGAGCUGCCCUCCCCGAACUCAGCACUGCGAGCGGCGAUGGAAACUUUGGAGGAAUCGUUGUUUUGAGUGAGGUUUCCUAUGAAUAUGAGGGAGGACUAUUUCACAGUGCUCUCACCACCGCGCAAUGGACUUCGCUUUUCAACUAUCAAACUUCUUUCGGAGUCCGUAUGACCCGUAUCGAUGUCUACCCAGAGGCGCAAUUCGGAACCACUCCCGCUUCCACUACCAGUCCAGGCUGCUGCGAAGCUGGUGUUGAGCAACUCAUCUCCAUCAGCAACUCUACCAGCUUUUCUCAAUCCGGCAUGAAAAUCGGAGCCACGAUGUCAACCCAAGGUUUAUACCAUUACCCCGCCACAAUCACCAACAGCACCAUCGCCACUACAAUUGCACAAUUUGGCCCAUCGGGAAUCUUCACCACAGACACUACCGCUGCAGUCAUCAACAACAUUGAUGGACGCGAGCAGAUGGUUUGGUUCAUCAGUUGGGCUUCGGAUUGGUCCCCAACUUCGACCUAUCUCGAUCAUGCUUGGAUCACCUGGAUGACCAGAGGUCUUUACGCUGGUUUCCGCAGAGUUUACUUCAGCACCCAAGUUGACGACAUGUUCCUGGCCACAUCCCUCUACAGCCCCGCAGACGUCAAUUUCCGCAUCACGCCGGCCGAUCUCGACGGCCACGUUGCCUGGUCCGCGGCUCUGAACGCCAAAUUACCGGCAGGAAGUGUAUACUUCACCGAAGUCGGGCACAACGGCAACGGCAACAUCGAGGCUGCUAUUACCAACGAUACCGCUGGCAUCUGCCAGCCAGACUCGGCUAUUGAGUAUGAUGAGCAGAUUGACACUGCGUUGGAGUUCCAGAAGCCUUUGGGGAGUGGGACUGAUAUCUGGCCUGCUACACCGGCUACUUAUGUGUGGAGCGAGGAGUGCACGAAGCUUGAUGCGUUGAAUCUUUGGUGGACUAAGCCUGAGAACCGUGAUGCUUUUGCUCAUGUUACACAUACCUUUUCGCACGAGGGCCUCAACAAUGCUACCUACGCAGAUACCAGCAGAGAAAUCUCUUUCAACAAAGCAUGGCUCGCCCAAACCGGACUCGACCAAGCUAAGCAUUUCUCCGGAACUGGUCUCAUCCCACCUGCGAUCACUGGUAUGCACAACGGAGAUGCUCUCCGAGCAUUCGUCGACAAUGGCAUUGUCAACGGCGUCGGUGACAACACUCGUCCAGUGCUCAUGAACUCCGAGCACGAACAUUGGCCACUGACCACCACGGUCGAGGGCAACGGAUAUGCUGGUUUCCAAAUCACUCCCCGUUGGGCCACUACCAUUUACUACAACUGCGAUCUGCCAGCUUGCACUGUUGCCGAGUGGAUCGCUACCUCUGCCGGUGCUGGAGAUAUCCAAGAUCUUUUGGUCAAUGCCCGUGAGGUCAACACCAAGCAUCUCCUGUCCCUUCACCACGACCCAUACAUGUUCCACCAAGCCAACAUGAGAUGGGCUGAUGUCGCCCAAGUCGCCGUCAACGGCGUCGUAGGCAAAUACUCCCUCCUCAUGAUGUGGGUCGAGGUCGUCACCCAAGAAAUGAUGCGUCUGGUGGAAUGGCCCAUGAUCUCCCAAAAGCACGACGACAUCGCCGCCUCCUUCGCCGCGCGUCAAACCCGCGACAACUGCUCCCCCAAAGUCGCACUGGUAUACGGCGGCUCAUCCAACACCACCAAGACCAUCACAGGCGUCACCGUCACGACCACCAACAACGUUUGCGGUGUUGAGAUCCCGGUCACGCUCCCUGGCCCCGUCAUCGCUACUCAGGCCAAGGUCGGAAGAUCCGAGCAGGUUGGCUCUGACCCCUUGACGGUUUGGUUGACCAUGUCUGGGUCCCCGGUUAGUCUCCGCCUCGCUAAGCCGAUUGCUCUUUGAGUGUCGUUCGUCCGAGGGGUCUAGCGCUAGAAUUAGAAAAGAAAAGAAAAGAAAAGAAAACAAAUAUUUAGAUUUCAUAUAGUAAACAAACAUAAUACACCAUAUAUGCUUUUCUUUGUACAUGCACGACAUUUCAUUGUGAAGUCAACAACUCGCUUCGAGUCGUUCACAUCGUGCAGUCCAACUAGUCCCUAGUGUUGUUUGUGAAAAAAAGGGGUAAAUUUUCUCGGUAACUGGUUACCGAAGUUUUGCAACUAGCGAGUAUCAGUGGCUUUUUGCAACUUCACAAUCCUGACUCGCUAUCACGCCACGACACCAGCCUAUCGAGUAUGUACG